AUGUCGUCAACCUACUCCACUGAAUCCUUCUACACUACUCUUGAGCAAAAACACAAUUCCGUGUUCUUUUAUCUCUAUGGUGUGGUGGCAAACUCCGAGAAACCAUUCCGUGUGCUUGUGAAUGAUGAGUGUGUCUUGAAACGAGAACAAAAUACCAAUGGUUUGAUCUUUGCUGUAGAAGUUGAAGAACCAAGAGCUGGUGGUCAUCACUUUAUUAGAACCAAAGUCGAUUGUCCAUUACUUCGUUGUGGAAGUGGUCUCACACAUCAUUACGAAAGAUACAAUCUCAGUAUUGGGGGAUUCUUCUUUCUCAUUGACUGCACAGGAGAAUUGCUAAAUGAAAGUUUAGAGAAUCAAAGUGCCGUUCGUGUGGUUCAGCAACGACAUGACAAUUUCGGAUCGGAAUUUAGAAAUGCUAAACCUGCCAAUACAGAAACUUCAAAACUAUUGAAUCAAAUUGCGUCCAAAACCAAGAAUGUGAUUCAUUCCACUCUUCCUCCAAAAGAUGUUGAAGAAAAACUUUUGAAAUUGGAACAAUUAUACAGAAAGAAUAUUUUGACAAAAUCAGAAUUUGAGGCAAAAUGGAGACAAUUAUAUCCUCCUCCUAUGGAUGAUGAGGGCUUGACUGAGGAACAAAAAGAACUCAUGACAAGAUUGAGAGGUCUUGUGGAAAGAGGAAUUGUCACACAAGUAGAAUAUGAUACCAAAUUGAACAAACUUAAACAAGACAAUACCCUGGUCACCAAGAAUAGUGUUCCAGUGCUUUCCAAAGAACAAUCGGCCAUGCUUGAAAAACUACAAAGUUUAUUCGAUAAAGGAAUUUUAACCAAUGAAGAAUUUGAAAAGAAGAAACAACAAAUCUAUCAAGAAGCAAAAUCCAAACAACAAGAAUUACCAAUCACGAAACAACAAGAAAUCAAAAAAGAGAGUCCUCAAAAAUCAAUAAUCUCACACUCCAAUUCUUCUCAAAUUUCCUUCCAAGAAUAUUCUCAACAAUUACAAGAUUUAAAGAAUAUGAUGAAUGAAACUCAGAGAACACAAAUGACAGCACUCGAUCGAUUUUUGAAUGAUGGAAUUUUGAAUCAGGAAGAAUAUGAAACAAAGAAAAAGAAAGUUCUCUCUUCCUUGUAUUUCCCAACUCAUUGGACACACCACAAGAAAAUUCUCGAGAUGGACAUGUCUGUACAUGAAGAAGAAAAGAAAACAUCUCCAGUGAGCAGCAGCAGUAGUGAUUCAAGUGAACAACGAAUUUCCAAACUAGAAAAAUUAACAGAAAAGGGAAUUUUAACACCUGAAAUGUUGGAAAGCAAGAAACAACAAAUUUUGGAAGAAAAUAGACCUGUACAAGACACUGAAGAUUUAUCUCACCUUUCUCAUGAUCAACAAAUCAAAAUCUCAAAAUUGAAACAUUUGAAAAAGAUGGGAAUUUUAACACAUGAAGAAUUUGAAUCUCAAUAUCAAAAAGUAUUAUUGAACUCUCAGAGCCCUUCUUCUCCAACCACAACCAGCCCUACUGCAAGUCCUACAACUAAUGUCAGUAGUAGUAGUAGUAACAAUAACAAAUUGAAAUCCCCAACCGUAUCAUCCAGUGUGUCUCCAACCAGUAACAAUAGCAACCAUACAAGUGUGAAAGUAUCAUCUCCUUCAAAGAAUCCAUCGUCCACAUUGAACACUGCUGUGAAAUCAUCUUUUAGAGUAGAAGAAGUCAAUGACGAAGAGAACAAGACACGAUUGUCCUCUCCUGUAUACACAGCAAAGGAAUCUCCAAGAGACAUUCCAAAGAAUAUUAUCAUUCCAAAAAGUAGUGCAAGUAGUAGCAGUACUACUAAUAACACCAACCACCAUAAGAAAGAGAGUCAUUCUUCAGUUUCCACUCCAAGUAAAAAGUUAGAAAAGGUAGAAGUGAAGGAAGUUCCAAGUUCUCCUUCCACCAAGAUGAACAAUGAAACGAUUGAGACAUCAACACAAGAGAUGAAAGCAAUGACCACCAAGCCAACGUUAGACGAAAUCAAAUCAAGCUCAUCUUCUCCUCAAAACGAAUUGAAUCCUCUUUCUGUUCAAAAUACUUUUUCAGAAUCAACAACCCUUUCAACACAUCCACAAACUGAAGAGGAGAAUGCUGAAAUUCAAGAACAAUUAGAAAAUCUUCGCUUACUAGUUGAAAUGGGAGUCAUUUCAGAGAAAGAUUAUUUAGAAAAGGAGGAACGAUUAUUGAAGGGAAUUCAUACACCACCCUCCGCCACUGCUUCACCUACAUCAACAACCAAAGAUUCACCAAUAGAAACAACCUCCAACAGCAAUAACACGAAUACUCAAAUCAAACAAUUGGAAAAACUUUUAAAUUCUGGAGUCAUUAGUAAGGAUAUCUUUGAUCAAAAGGUGAAUAAGAUUUUAGGUGGAAAUGUAUCAGUAACGACUCCAACCACUCCAACACGAAACAUUGUAGAGUCUCCAGUAGAACCAAAAAUUCAAAUUCCUAAAAAGCAAGAAGAGAAAAGAAACUCUUCUCCUAUUCCACAACAAGAAUCUAAACACAAUGGAACAACCUCGAAUCGAGAUGUCCUUGCAUCUCCUGCGUCACAUAAUAAUAAGGCAAACAGUGUCGAGUCUCCAAGACAAACAAAUGGUAGUGCUGAGGCAGAAUUGACCAAGCUCAAAAAACUUUUGAAUUGUGGUCUCAUUACAGAAGAGCAAUAUAAAUUGAAAGAAGCAAAGUUACUGGGAAAUUCGAGCGCAACGACUCCAACCACCGCUGCGACAACUCCUGAGAAAGUACAGCCACCUACUCAAAUUCAUGAAACAAGCACGAGCUCUGCACAACAGCUGUCGAAUGACAAUGGCAGUAACAAAGAAGAAAUAGAUCCAGUGUUUGGAGAUUUGAGCUCUUUGAAUGAGGAACAAAAACAUCAAGUUACAACAUUGAGACAAUUUUUGAAGGAAGGACUGAUUGAUCAAGAAGAAUUUGAAGAAGAGGUUAAGCAAAUCAUUCAAAGUUCACAUUAA